ACAGCCUAGUUCAUAAGGAACUGACAGCAAGUGCAUUGCGUUACGGUUCAGUGAAGUGUCCCGGUUCUCCGUCCGCGAUGCUGCGGUUGAAGACGGUCUCUCGGCAUGUCUCUGCGGGGAUAAGCGAGCCCUCCGUCCGCAUGAAGCCCUGCGGCGCUUCGGCUGGGCCGAAUGAUGUUGUUGUGGUUCACGGAUUACGGACUGCAAUCGGGAGAGCCAAAAGAGGCUCGUUCAAGGACACAACCCCAGAUGAGCUGCUGAGUGCAGUGAUGAGUGCAGUCCUGAAGGAUGUGGAUCUGUCACCAGAUAAACUGGGAGAUGUUUGUGUCGGUAACGUAUUACAGCCAGGAGGAGGAGCUCUGGUGGCAAGAAUUGCCCAGUUUCUCAGUGGCUUUCCAGAAAAAGUGCCUGUCUACACAGUAAACAGGCAGUGCUCAUCCGGAUUGCAGGCACUUUUGAACAUAGCGGGUGGAAUCAGGAAUGGCUCUUAUGAUAUGGGCCUUGCAUGUGGGGUGGAGAGCAUGUCUCUGCGUUCUGUUGGAAAUCCGGGGGACAUCAGCUCUAGAAUGAUGGACGUAGAGAAGGCCAGAGACUGUAUCAUCCCAAUGGGAAUCACCUCAGAGAAUGUAGCAGAGCGGUUUGGCAUCAGCAGAGAAAAGCAGGACUCCUUUUCUCUCAGCUCUCAGCAGAAGGCGGCUGUGGCUCAGAAACGGGGCCUGUUUCAGCAGGAGAUCGUUCCAGUCACCACAAAAUUCGUGGAUGAGAAUGGCGUUGAACGCACCAUCACGGUAACCAAGGACGACGGCAUCCGGCCGGGCACCACACUGGAGGGUCUGGCCAAACUGCGCCCAGCCUUCAAGGAGGAUGGCAGCACCACAGCAGGUAAUGCCAGUCAGGUCAGUGAUGGAGCAGCAGCUGUUCUGGUGGGCCGCCGAUCUGCAGUGGAGGCUCUUGGUCUGCCUGUGCUUGGGGUCCUGAGAUCCAGUGCUGUGGUGGGCGUACCCCCAGAUGUGAUGGGUAUCGGCCCUGCCUACGCAAUUCCAGCAGCCCUUGAGCAAGCAGGUUUGACUGUUGAUGAUAUUGAUGUCUUUGAGAUCAAUGAGGCCUUUGCUAGUCAGGCAGUAUACUGUGUUGAGAAACUUGGCAUUCCACUAAACAAAGUGAACCCCAAUGGUGGUGCCAUCGCUCUGGGACAUCCGCUGGGCUGCACAGGAGCCCGCCAGGUUGUGACCCUGCUCAACGAGCUCAAACGUAGGCGAAAGAGAGCGUAUGGUGUGGUGUCCAUGUGCAUUGGAACUGGGAUGGGAGCAGCUGCAGUGUUUGAGUAUCCUGGACAGUGAGGAAGAUUACAGGAUUAGAGCUUCUGAUGAAGCACACUGAUUCUGUCGUGAUCAAGAUGAACCUGCAGAUAAUGAUCGACUCUAAUUCAACACUAAUAUAAGGGUAAAGAUUCUCUUCAGAGAAUACCACUGUAGACUGAAUCAAGGAUUUAUCUAAAUCAAAGAGUAGGUAAAGCUUAAGAAACUUUUAGAAAAAGGUAGUUGAAGCCUGUGGUGCUUCGGCUCAUUUGUAGACGUUAAUCUGAGCGUGCCUUGUUUUUUUUUAUAAAAACUAGUCACAGAGAUCGGAAAAUUUCUUCACCAUAAAGUUUCAGUAUACUGCUGAGGUGCUGAAACUUGCUGAGCCUGUUUGCUGAUACAUUUCAUCAUCGUUUUCCUGUGGCCUCAAAUUUCAUUUUUGCACAUGAUCCUGCAAUUACUCAGUUUGUGAUUUUAAAUAAGCAAGGAAGUUCUCACAGGAGACAGAUUGGCCCACAGGUUCCUAGCCCUGGUCCUGGAGUAUUCCCAGCCCUGCACAUUUUCGUGUUUUCCCUGCUUCAACGCCCUUAAAGUCAUAAUGAACACAUUAGUUGGAUCAGGUGUGUUAAAAGCAGGGGAAACAUUAAAAUGUGCAGGACAUGGGGUCCUCCAGGACCAGGGUUGGGAACCACCACAUAAUCCAAUAUAAAAAGUACAAAAAUCUGACACUUUACCUACUAGCCCUGAAACAGCACCAAAGCCUGUUGUGCUACACAGUGAACAGAACACUGAAUAAAAUGGGAGUUUAUUUGUAGACGUAUGUAAAAAGAUUCCAUUUCCGAGUUUAGAUUGUGCCUCCAACCUAUGGUGAUAGUAUGAGAGAGGAAGACUGGUUGAGGUAGGGAAGAGAACUUGGGAUGGAGUUCUGGGUGGCAUCUGCUUGGAGUUAAAAAGGCCAAGGACUCCUUCUGGAUGGUGGCAUCACUGACAGAUAGGAAGAUAGGACUAAGGAACAAGCAGGAGAUGGGGUGGUGGGAAUUGUGAAAACCUUACAUGAAAUGGAAGGCUGAUAUGGGAAUUUAUUGGGCUUUAGUCUGGAAGGUGGUGGGGUUUCACACAUGAUUGUCUCACCAUAUUUCAGCUUUUCCAUUAAAAGUGCUCAUGAUUCUA